AUGGAUUGGAAUGGUAAUCCUACAGUGCCUUCCGUUUGUCGACCAGUUAGUUCUUCUUUCAACCUCCUCUACAACUAUAAUUACGAUCAAUUUCCAGGUUUAGAGAUGAGACAGUUGAUGCAGACACAACAUGCAUUUCUCCCGACAAUGGACAAGAACAACAAUAAUUAUGAAAACCAGGACAAGAAGAAAAGAUUAACAAAUGACCAGUUGGAGUCAUUGGAAAACAGUUUUCAAGAGGAGAUUAAGCUGGACCCUGAUAGGAAGAUGAAGCUGGCCAAGGAUCUUGGGCUGCAGCCACGCCAAAUUGCGGUUUGGUUCCAGAACAGGAGAGCUAGGUGGAAGGCGAAGCAGCUCGAGAGAUUGUACGAUUCGCUUAAGCAGGAGUACAAUGCUGUGUCCAGAGAGAAACAACAACUCCAGGAAGAGGUUUUGGCAUUGAGGGCAAUACUCAAGGAGCAAUUGACAAAAAAGCAAGCCUCCACCGGUUACACAGAAGUUUCCGGCGAUGAGACAGUCGAAAGCACGUCGAUUCCAAGCUCCGACAAGCCUCGAGGAGGGACGAGUAUUCAUCACCAGAUUGCAGAAUGCAACUAUGUCCUGAACAUGGAAGACUAUAAUCCUAUGAUGCCUCCAUAUUGGGCUGCUCUACCUUCUUGUCCCUGA